AUGCCCAGCUACAUGAAGUUUAUGAAGGAAAUCCUUUCCAACAAAAGAAAACUGGAGGAGUAUGAGACAGAUGCACUUACUGAAGAGUGCAGUGCUAUAUUGCAGAAGAAGUUGCCACCUAAGCUAAAAGACCCCGGGAGUUUCACUAUACCGUGCACCAUCGGAAACUCAUUCUUUGACAAAGCCCUAAGUGAUCUGGGGGCUAGCAUUAACUUAAUGUCUCUAUCCGUGUAUCGGAAGUUAGGUUUGGGGGAAGUAAAAUCGACAACAAUUUCUCUAUACUUGGCAGAUAGGUCAAUCAAGUAUCCAAGGGGAAUCAUCGAGGAUGUUUUAGUAAAAGUGGACAAGUUCAUCUUCCCGGCCGAUUUCAUUGUCCUUGAUAUGGAGGAAGGCCAAGAAAUCCUAAUUAUUCUUGGUAGGCCAUUCUUAGCCACUGGGAGAACUCUUAUUAAUGUGCAGAAAGGGCAUCUUAUCCUAAGAUUUCAAGAACAUGUAACUUUUAAUGUUUUAAAGGUGAUGAAGUACCCAGAUGACGCAGAAAGUUGCUUGAAGGUGGACAUUGUCGAAGAUUGUGUUAAGAAAGUUUUUCAAUUAACUACCCCGUCGAGCCACUUGAAGCUUAUCUUGUUGGAUCUGUUGACAUCAAUAAUCCAGAGAUUGAGGAAUGCAUUAAUCAUUUGGAAGCUACACCACUAG